AAUUUCAUCACCAACAAAUUUCAAGCCUUUAGCUACUUCUUACUCAACAAACACAUUCUCAACAAACUUCAAAUCUUGAAACCAGCCAUGGAUGCAGUAACAAUACUGGUUGCAGAGAGGCCACUGGUGAUCUUUAGCAGAAGCACUUGUGAUAUGAGCCAUUCCAUCAAGACACUACUACAUGGAUUCGGUGCAAACCCUACAAUAUACGAGCUUGAUCAAAUUCCAAAUGGGCAGCAAAUCGAAAGAGCAUUACAGCAGCUAGGGUUUCCAAACUUGCCUGUUGUAUUCAUCGGAGGAGAGUGCGUCGGCGGUGACCGCCAAGUGAUGAGCCUCCUCCUCAAGAACCAGCUUGGACCACUGCUCAAGAGAGCUGGUGCCAUUUGGGUAUGGAACAACUAGCCUAUCUUUGGCCGGGAAACUCUACUACGUUUAAUUAGUUAAAAUUGAGGUUAUUGGACUAAUACUGUUGGAUUAUAAAAUUAAUAAAGGGUAUUUUUUGACCCUUUAUUUCCAAAUAGAUUAGAUACGCCAUAGAGAAACUUUAAGUUGCUACUUGUCAAGUUGUUUUAGCUAUAGUAUAUCUAAGUCAAGAAUCAAGCCAACUUUUUGUAUACGUUGGCCAAUUAUUCUUGCCUUUUAUAUUUCAUGUAUUCUUCAAAUACUAUUGUAUUGAAUAUAUGCAUAAUUAAUAAAGUAGAGUUGCCUUUAUUUA